AUAUUUGAAGUCGUCCUUAAAGUAGCCAUUAUUACAAAACUCAGUAAAUACAUAAUGCGGAGAAUCAUUUCCUGUUUUUAAAGAUAAGGCUUCCCGGGAGUAGUAAGAAACAGAAUAUGUCGAAGUAACCAUAUUUCCUAAAAAACGUUCAAACAGAAGGGAGCGUGUUUAUUGUCUCCCACGUACAAUUUAAGUGUGCAGUCACUGGUUUUCUUCACGCCACCUUUCCAGCUUCACGGAAUACGGGAGAAACACAAGCAGUGUGUUUCUCGCAGACCGAGAAGCUGAAGUCAAGAAAUAGGAAGUUCUUUAAAUCUCACAACUUCCUGACUCAGGAUGUGUGGUUUGAUCUGAAAAGACUGAGUGCAUUUAAACUUUGCCCUGUAGGUUACCUAUGAAGACAGUUGACUAAAAUAUCAAACUAUGAAGGAAACGUCCCCCAAGAACAGUCAUCUGACAGUUCCGAGUCCAGAAUGGAUGCCGCCAACGCUCAACAGGCAAGAACAGCAAGUCAUAGUAGUUUUGUUGACCUGCUGCCUCCGGAAGUCACUUGUAAAAUCUUCAGCCAGUUAGACAUUCAGAGUCUGUGCAGAGCUUCCGAGACGUGCCAGAGUUGGAAUCACACGAUAAUAAACAAUGAUGCCUUGUGGAAGCCUCACUGCUUGACCGAGAGAGCUGUGUGCCCGAGAGAAAUCAACGGUGACAUUGAACACAAUUACACCUGGCGGGAGAUAAUCAAAAGAAAUUACCAGAAGAGUAAAGUGAAACACGCGUGGCUCAGUGGAAGAUACAGCAACAUACGUUCUCCUCUGAACCUGCCGAAAAGAUUCAUGUACCCGAUGGACGCAGAUACAUGGGGAGAAAUUCUAGAUGCAGAACUGAAAAGAUAAGUUGAAGAAUCUCAGUAGACCUCGUGGCUUUGAUCGCACCUAACUAAAAUGACUCGAACUUCAAGAGACUUUUUAAAAUCUGAUAAUGUUCUUCUCAGUUUUUAAAAAAAAAAUCUAGCAUUUAAAAAAAAACUGAGUUGACCAUGAAGCUUUGUUUGUAUUUUGCACUUUAGCUAAAGUUUUUUAGGUUUUAUGCAGUGAUAAAUCUUGAAAUGUUAUUUUUAUAAAAAAAUAGCAUGAUAGAAUGAUUUUGAAAUGUGCUGUUUCAUGUAUUUGUGUUAGACUGUUGUAUUACUUUAAGUGAUAGAAUUGACUGUUAUUUUCUAUUUAAUCCUUCAAGAAUUCAGAAAACCUGAAGAAACUUACUUAAAGAUUCAUUAUAAAUCAGUAUAGAUAUAGACUUGUCUGACUUAUAUCAAGUGAGAGUAGUUGCAAUAUAUGUAGAUUAGUAAUAAUAACUCUAUGGUAACAGUUUUCAAUUCAGUGGAACAGACUGAAUUGUCAAAUAAUGAAAGCUAAUUUAAAAUGUGUUGAACCUAAGGUUUAUUUAAACUUGAGAUGAAACUCAAAUUAAGCUUUAUGUUAUUUUUCUACAAACCUAAAAUUGGUUUCAGAAACUGAGACUGUGUUUGGAAAGCUGCAGAACACUUAAGGACCAUUAGAACCACCAAAGGUGGUCUACCUUAGUCAACUACAUCCGACAUCCUGGUCGCGCCACCUAGUGGACUCCUAGAUGUUUGACCUUUCUUUUUUUUUUAUUUAUUAAAGAUUUCUGUCUGUUCCCCGCCACCGCCUCCCAUUUCCCUCCCCCUCCCCCAGUCAAGUCCCCCACCCUCGUCAGCCCAAAGAGCAAUCAGGGUUCCCUGCCCUGUGGGAAGUCCAAGAACCACCCACCUCCAUCCUGGUCUAGUAAGGUGAGCAUCCAAACUGCCUAGGCUCCCCCAAAGCCAGCAUGUGCAGUAGGAUCAAAAACCUACCAUUGUUCUUGAGGUCUCAGUAGUCCUCCUUGUCCGCUAUGUUCAGCGAGUCCGGCAUGUCUUUUCCGAGCCCUAUUUGAUCUUGUUAAAGUGUAUCUUUGCAAGAAGGGGCCUUUUUUCAACUUUGUUUCUCUUUUUUAAUAAAAGGAGAAUGUGUAGCAGCAUUUCCUCUAACAGGUUGUAACACUUGAAUCUGUGAGCCAUAGUAAAAUGUGUCUACCGAUAUCAUCAGGUGCAUGGAGUUUUCUAUAGUUAUUAUGCUUUAACUUUCUGUUGCUGUUGUUUCUACCUGCUAGGACUAGACUGAUUUAGUCCUGUUCUCGAUGCACUAUUUGAAUGUGUGAAGACAGCCGGCCUGUCUCUUCCUACUGUCUUCUCCCCCUCUUUCUGAGAGCCACAUGCCAUGCUUCGUAGGCCAAGCAGCACAGUCUGCUGCUCAUGCCUCUUAACAAAUGUGUGACUGGGGAGGAAGAUAGCCUGCUGAUUUCCCUUAGGAAGGGAUAAUGGAAAAGCACUUUGAAAUCUUGAGACCCCUGGAAGGGAAUCAGUAAAGCACUUACGGCAUGCCGGCUGCAUGUAUAUGAAGGUAUUGUGGGUCGUGUCCUGUGACGAGCCUUCUGCCUUUCGCAUUUCUGCUAGGAAAGAAUGGCCCAACCAGGAGGAAUCGUCCUCCUCACUCACGGCGCCCUCUCUGUCAGCCUCCGUGUUGAGGCUCAGAGUGGAACGUGACUGAAACUGCCUCUUUCUUAAGCUGGAAGACAGAAGGGAUGGCACCGUUUCCUACCACACAGAGAAGCGGGCCCUCAGUCAGAGAGCACCCAGCCAGCAGAAACAAAGGAAGCGGGAGAGAGGGUGAUGGUAACAGCUGACUCAGUCCGUACCCAUGUCUAAAGAGCGUAAAUUGCACUAGAAACCCUGUCCUACCAUAGGGCUUUCUUACUGUUGGACAAGUGUGUGACACUUGUGGUUUACCUUAGUGUCUUAGUUUUGCACUCGGAACCCUACCUGCGGGGCGCCCUUUGCCUAUUUUUCAAGGAUGUGAUCCUUGUGGUUUCGUUAACAUCUUUGUUUUAGAGAUCUCCGCCCUUGCUUUGACUCCUUCCUUAGUCCUACUGAUUUUGUGUCCCAAAGGCAAUCCCUUGCCUCAGAUGUCCCCAGCAUUCAUUUCUUUCUCCACCUUCUAUAACUUGUUCUUCCCACAAAAAGUUGAAACUGCUGCUAAGAUACAAGUAAAUUACUUCCUAAUGUGUUUGAUACGUGUUUGUCCUUGAUUUAUCUGGCACUCAGUUCUUGCCGUUCUUGGGCUGGAGGCAAGCAUCUCGUUUCUCUUCACACACCUCGUUUCCUUUGGAGACCCACCGUCCUAAAAGAUGCUGCUGUUCGCGGAGGUCAGACUGUUGUCCUCUUCUUCACUCUGAACAGCUACUCCCCAUCCUCACUGCUAUUGUUGGCACUUCUGGUGCCUGGAUUCCUGACUCCACGUCACACUUGCCCAGGCUCUUCCAGACGCGCCUGUGCCAACCUGUUGGCAUCGCAGCUGAGUCGCUAAUACUGGAGCCAGAGCUCAUUAAAGCAGCAGAUCAGUUACUCCUUUGGCCCCUGCCCUGGAGCGUGGCCAGGGUUUUAGGUAGUUCACCCCGUUUCUGCUUCCCUCAUCCUGUGACCAUCCAGCCAAAGAUCAGCUCUUCCUGCUUUAGUUGUCUGAAUAUCGGAGCAGCCCAGCUCAGUCUUUUCUCUCUCUCAUACUUCUUACCCUUAUUUGAAGCUGGCACGGCUAAGACACCCUGCUGUACUCCUUCCUCUCACUGCUGAUAGAUCAGUCUUCCUAAGAGCCCUCAGACUACCGCGUCACCUCUAACUUGGGUCAUUUGCUACAUUCAGGUAGAGAAUGGCUCUAAAAAGGGAGGCCCUUAACCCCUUAACAACGCCUGGCCUAGCCCUGUAGCCUUUGCUCAUAUAGUUCUCCAUUCUGUGUCUUUCAGUUCAAUCAGACCGAAUAGCAUCUGCAGCUGCCCGGCCAUGCUUGCUCCCUUAUGUGUGCCCCACCCUACAGGUCAUGUGAUAGACACACUUACAGGGUUGUCCUUCCACCACCGUUAGCUCUUGACUUGGCAGAGUCUUUCACCUCUAGCCCACCCCUACCUGCAUUGUUCUGGAUUAAAUUAUUCUUCUAAAGUUCAUAUAUAUUUUUCUUUAUGACAUUCUCCUCAAAAGCUAUUACACUAUGUUGAGUUGUCUGUCUACCUGCCCCUAUGGAUUGUGAAUUUCUUAGUGACAGGAACUAUAUUUUAAUUUACUAAAGUUUUUUAGUAACAGCUGGGCAGUGGUGACACACGUCCCAGCACUCGGGAGCCAGAGGCAGGUGGAUCUCUCUGAGUUUGAGGUCAGCCUGGUCUACAAGAGUUCGAGGACAGGCUCCAAAGCUACAGAGAAACCCUGUCUUGAAAAACAAAACAAAACAAAAAAUCUUAGUAACUUAUAUCAUAUUCAGAAUGUAAAAAAAUGUAUUAUUGUGAUAAUAUAAAAUGUUUUAUUUUAGCAGCAAAUUGUGAUAAGACUGUAUUAAAAUGCAAAAUGUAUUUGUGCAAUGUAUAAGCUACUUAUGUUAAUGUUAAAUUAUACAUGAUUGUUUAGUCAUCA